AUGACUAGCAAAUCCACCGUGAGGAGCCAAAGCGUCAGCCACCGUGGCUUCAGCGCCAGCUCAGCCAGAGUCCCAGGGGUCUGCCGCUCUGGCUUCAGCAGUGUCUCCGUGUCCCGUUCCAGGGGCACUGGUGGCCUCGGUGGAGUGUGCGGAGGAGCUGGCUUUGGUAGCAGGAGCCUCUAUGGCCUGGGCGGCUCCAAGAGGAUCUCCAUCGGAGGGGGCAGCUGUGCCAUCAGUGGAGGAUAUGGUGGCCGAGUUGGAGGUGGCUUUGGCUAUGGAGGUGGAGCCGCCAGUGGAUUUGGUUUCGGUGGUGCAGCUGGUGGUGGCUUUGGGCUCGGUGGUGGAGCUGGCUUUGGAGGUGGCUUUGGUGGACCCGGCUUCCCUGUGUGACCCCCUGGAGGCAUCCAAGAGGUCACUGUCAACCAGAGCCUCCUGGCUCCCCUCAACCUGCAAAUCGACCCCACCAUCCAGCGGGUGAGGACUGAGGAGCGGGAGCAGAUCAAGACCCUCAACAACAAGUUCGCCUCCUUCAUCGACAAGGUGCGGUUCCUGGAACAACAGAACAAGGUCCUGGACACCAAGUGGACUCUGCUCCAGGAGCAGGGCACCAAGACAGUGAGGCAGAACCUGGAGCCCUUGUUUGAGCAGUACAUCAACAACCUCAGGAGACAGCUGGACAGCAUUCUGGGGGAGAGGAGCCGCCUGGACACAGAGCUCAGGGGCAUGCAAGACAUGGUAGAAGACUUCAAGAACAAAUAUGAAAAUGAAAUCAACAAGCGCACAGCAGCAGAGAAUGAAUUUGUGACUCUGAAGAAGGAUGUGGAUGCUGCCUACAUGAAUAAGGUUGAUUUGCAAGCCAAGGUGGAUGGUCUCAUUGAUGAGAUCAACUUCACCAGAGCUUUGUAUGAUGCAGAACUGGCUCAGAUGCAAACACACAUCUCAGAUACUUCCGUGGUCCUGUCCAUGGACAACAACCGUAACCUGGAUCUGGACAGCAUCAUUGCUGAAGUCAAAGCACAAUAUGAGGAGAUCGCUCAGAAGAGCCGGGCUGAGGCUGAAUCCUGGUACCAGAGCAAAUACGAGGAGCUGCAGGUCACCGCAGGCAGACACGGGGAUGAUCUGCGCAACACCAAGCAGGAGAUUGCUGAGAUCAACCGCAUGAUCCAGAGGCUGAGAUCCGAGAUCGACCAUGUCAAGAAGCAGUGUGCCAACCUGCAGUCCGCCAUUGCUGAUGCUGAGCAGCGUGGGGAGAUGGCCCUCAAGGAUGCCAAGAACAAGCUGGCUGAUCUGGAGGAUGCCCUGCAGAAGGCUAAACAGGACAUGGCCCGGCUGCUGAAGGAGUACCAGGAGCUGAUGAACGUCAAGCUGGCCCUGGAUGUGGAGAUUGCCACCUACAGGAAGCUGCUGGAGGGCGAGGAGUGCAGGCUGAAUGGGGAAGGUGUUGGACAAGUCAACAUCUCUGUGGUGCAGUCCACCGUCUCUGGAGGCUAUGGCAGCGCUGGCGGCUAUGGCAGUGCCAGCGGUGUGGGCAGUGGCUCAGGCCUGGGCGGAGGCAGCGGUUACUCCUAUGGCAGCGGCCACGGCCUGGGAGCUGGCUUCAGUUCCGGCAGCGGCAGAGGCAUUGGGGGUAGCUUCAGCUCGUCUGGGGGCAGCAGCUCCACCAUCAAAUACACCACCACCACCUCAUCCUCCAGCAGGAAGAGCUACAAGCACUAA